AUGCAUUCGACGGACAGCGGGCGCCGCUCGCAUAGGCGACGUCCCAACCUGAACAUCAAUACGUCGGCAUCGCCGCCCCUGGCCAGGCGAGAUGCCGCUCCCGCGAGCCCACCCCUGCGCAAGCCGCCCGUCCCAUCCAAGGGGAAGCCGCCCGUCUCGAGCCGGGCGCUUAGAGUGCAGUCCUCCUCCGUGUCGAGCACGCCGUCGAGCAUUGAUCGUGAGAGGGAGCGGGCCAUAGACCUGGACGAGUCGUUCCUGGACAACAUGACCCCCGUCGACAUGGCUAACAAGGAGAACGAGCCCGAAUUCCACAACCGCGACCUCCAGCGGGUUCAGAAAGCCGCCAACCCUCGCGACUCGCACGAUCUGUCGCUUCCGGCGCGGCAGGUCACGCGAGACUCCCUGGUGACCAACAUGUUGAUGUCUUUGGACAAGCUGUCGCUGUCCCAGAUCCAGACGCCGCCGACGGCCAUGUCCCCCUUCGACGAGCCUGCCUAUGGCUCGCCCAAUAUGGCCAUGACCAUGGGCGGGGACGAGAGGGCCAGAACCAUGUCGGGCGUAUCCCGUCCAGCCCGCGCUAUGCAUAGCUCUUACCAUCACGGCCAUAGUUACACUUAUAGCUCCGACCUAGAGGGGACCGACGAUGCCGCUAGCCGCAUCUCGAGUCAGUUCUCACGCGGCCGCCGAAGCAACAGCAGCUCCGGAUUUCAAUCCUCGCUGGGCCGCAUCAACAGCAUGCGAGAAACCUCAUCGCACAAUAUGGCCAGCAGCCACGGCAGGGCCAUGCAUUCCAGGAGCCGCAAGACGAGCAAGAGCAGCAGUACCAACAGCUUCGAUGCCGGCUAUGCCCAGGUUCUGAGCAGCCAGCGCAUAUCGCACGGCAUCGGCGGCCGCUCCUCCAGCUUCGACUACGGCCAACCGCCGCCGCCGCCGCCUGCGAGCAAUGUCAAUGGCAGUCAGUGGGAUCUAGAGUUCUCCAACUCCAUGUUUACCACCAACGACUACGAGGUCGCCCCGACGCCUACAAUUCCCGGUGGGCCCCGCCGUGCAGCUGCUCCGAACGCCCCAGUCGCUCCGGCAGCACCUCCACCGAUACCCAAGGACCCCGAGCCGGCGGACCGCAAGAGGAGUCUGCGUUCACGGAGUAGCACCGGUGGGAGAUCGUCCUCCAAGACCAGACAUGAACCCCCACAGCAGCUUCCACCGCAAGCUGAUCUGGAUUCCGCUCCGGCACCCAACGUAGGGUACGAGAAGUCAAAAGACAGAGACAUGCACAACAGCCAAAACUCAACACCACAGGCAAAGGAGCGGCCUGGCUUUUUCAGGAGAGUUUUUGGCGGCUCGUCUAAGAACCUGUCCAACAAUUUUGAAUCCUCGAGCUCGACCCCCGUUUCGGCCACGUCGGCUGAAACCGUCGAGCGUCAGCCCUCCAAGUCAUCGCAACACAUUGCUUCCCAAAUCAAAACAGCAGCCCCGACGGCCAAGGACUCGCAGCCUGCACCGCCCCAUGUAAUUCAUAAGAAGUCAUCUUUCUUCCGGAGGAGAAAGAAGUCUAUUGUUGACACACCACCGGUACCACUACCACCUGCUUCCAUUGUCUCCCCGCCGCCCCGGUCAGCCAAGCCAAUGGAGAUUGAAGUGGACCACUCGCGGACCAUUGAGUUGGCCGCACCCAGCCCUGUCAGCAGCUUGCGGCAAGUCAUGAACCCAUACUUGAAGGGCAGCAAUCCCGCAACACCCAGCGACCUCCUGACGCCGGGCAGACGAGAGCGUGAGACGAUAUCAGCGGAGUAUGAUGUUGAGGAUGGCGAGCUCGAUUGGAGACGGAAGAGUAGGGGAUUCUCGCCGGAUUAUGAACCCAGCCCGAAUGCUACCAUCAGGACGGUCAAGUCGCAAUCCGCCCUCUAUAGCAGGAGUCGCGAAUCUGUCGCCACGAGUAUACCGAAGAGAUCAUCACGAAUGGACAGCCCCCACCGAGAACCUCCAGACGUUCCCGGCCCACGGCCUAUGCUUACUCGCGAUGCUACUUUCUUCGAGGACAACAGCGAUACAGACGGAGACAAGCCCACCACCCUGACAGUACUAACCGUCCCGGAACCACAAAGGUCGCCCAUCCUGUUGAGCCCUGCAGAUCCGCAAGGCCUCCCUGGCGGAUUUCCCACACCGCCAACCGGCACCCCGAGGGAUUCACCCAGUGGCCCGCCGACGUCCGAGUUCCAAGCGGGCAACGCCCACGAGAAUUCGUCUUUGAAAGAGUCCGCCUCACCUGGCUUGGUACUUCAGCCAAACGUCUCGAACGAAGAAAGCAGGGAUCGUCCAGAUAGUCUCGGACUCCCCAUCCAAGCUCAGCAAACGCACAGUACCAUUAGAGAUUCAAUCCAGAGGUCCCGCUCGGCUGCCAGCUUGCCGAGCGUCAAGGUCGAGAGCGCUGACAUCACCCCAAAAAUGACCGGUUCGCCGCUGGAUGAACCCGAGGUGGCCGUUGGUGAACCGACCGAGGAUGACCGCCAAAAAGCGCAGCGCAUCUUCGAUGGCAAUGAGGAUUUCAUCCAGAAGGACCGGGCGGCAGCUUGGAUUGGAGAGGAGGGCCUGGUGCGGCAGCGAACGCUCCGGGCUUAUAUGGACCUGUAUGACUUCACCGACAAGAGCGUCCUCACCGCUCUACGUGAGGUCUGUGGCAGACUAGUCCUGCGGGCCGAGACCCAGCAGGUAGACCGCAUCUUGGUUGCUUUCUCCAAGCAUUGGUGUGAAUGCAAUUCCAACCACGGGUUCAAGUCCAUGGAUGUUAUCCAUACGAUGUGUUAUUCUAUCAUGCUUCUGAAUACCGAUCUUCACCUUGCAGAUAUUGAGUACAAGAUGACGCGCAGCCAGUUCAUCAAGAAUACCAUGACCACGAUCAAGCAAGCCUUGGUUGAGUCGGACCCUGACGCUUUCGAGCGACCGUCUAUCCUACCUGGCAGGAAUGCAUUGCUGAGCCCUGCGGAACCCGAAAGCAAUGUUUCAGGGGAGCAAGAGCGGAAGAAUUGGCGCUCGUCGUUCAUCCCGCCGAGGUCUGAGUCUCGAUUGGGUGACUACGGCGACCAGGAGCCUGACAGCUGCGGACCACUGGUCAAGUCACCGUUCAAUGGCUCGAUGCGCGCCUGGGAGAACCAGAUGGAACUCGUACUCAAGGAUAUCUACAACUCGAUUCGGGACGAUCGUCUGCCUUUGUUCGGUGGUGCGCCUGAGCAAGCAGCCUCGCAACUGCAGCAGCCAGGCGGGCUGUCGGUCAUGGGGAUGCUGAAACGAAGCCCGAGUGUUCUUAGUAAGGCCCCAUCGGAGAGCGCCUCAAUGACCCGCGGAAGAAACGAUGGUUCCAACCGUCCGAAUGCUGGUCGCUGGAGCUCAAAGAGCAGGUCCCGUCCUCGCAUCGGCACUGCCGGCUUCUCGUCCAGCCGUACGAGCUUCGAUGACGGCAACUCUAUAUGGAGCCCGACUGUCUCCUCUGCGACCUGGAGCCGUUACUCCCUGGGAAGAACGCAGACAUCCCCGUCAGUGGAUUCGUUGGGGUCAUCCUAUCUACACGGCGAUUAUCAGCAGUCGAUAGGUUUUGCAAACGCCCUAUCCCAAGCAAUCAUCCGUGAAGACCACCAGCUUGAGAUCACCCGAUCCAUCAUGAGCGAGGAGGUCAAUGGCGCUGCUUUGCUUGAGGACGAAUCACUCGAAUUGACCGGCCCCCCAUGGAUGAAGGAAGGAAUCGUCAUCCACAAACACCAUCUUGACGGCAUUGAAAAGAAGGCUAAGGACCGUAACUGGAGCGAGGUGUUUGCUGUCAUUCAAAAGGGCUCCAUGAGUCUCUUCUCCUUCUCUACCAAGUCGAUGCGGAGCAAGGCGCGUAUGGGUCGCAAGCAAGCACCUGGUGGCGUGGUCGGCGGCGGCAACUGGCAGGAGAAUGCCACUAACCUUGGCACCUUCUCGUUGCGCCAGACUCUUGCCUCUGCAUUACCCUCGCCCGGCUAUUCCAGGACACGACCGCACGUUUGGGCUCUGAGUCUGCCAACCGGUGCUGUCCACCUGUUCCAAGUGGGCACGCCGGAGAUCUGCAAGGAGUUUGUUUUGACGGUCAAUUACUGGUCCGCACGUCUAUCCACUCACCCUCUUGUUGGUGGUAUUUCCAACAUCGAGUAUGGCUGGAGCGAUGCUUGCAUUAACAAUGCGCUUGUGAACGCUAUCAACGACAAUCAGCCCCCGCCUCGACCUGGGUCGGCAGCUGCUGGGCGCACCUCUAUGCACAGCCGAAACAACAGCCGGCAAAGCAGCUUGCGAUCAAGCUUCGACAUGGGUGGCUCAAGCACGAGGACAAAGUUGCCGGGAGAUCGGAUUCACAUCGCAGAAUGGACGCCACCGGCGCAAAGCAUGCGUCCGUCCAACGUGGGCGAGACCGAACAACACGAGACCCUCCUCGCCUACGUGAAGAGCAUCGAGGACGAGUUACAGAAACAUAACCAACUGCGCUCCCCCAUGCUGCUGGCAUUCACUCCCAGAGGAUCGAAUGCCACUAAGGCCAUGGCCAACUGGGAGAAGAAGAGCAGCUACCUCCUGCGCGAGAUUGUCAAGUUCAGGACAUACGUCGACUGCCUGCAGCUGGCAGAGCAGAGGCGCAAGGAGAUUUACGACGAUCGCGAGAUCGCCCGUCGCGCUGCACGCGGCGAGGACGAAAUGUACGACGACGUCGAGCAAGACGACGCAGAUCAAACGAUCAAGAUCAGCCAAUAG